GAGAGAGAGAGAGAGAGAGAGAGAGAGAGAGAGAGAGAGAGAGAGAGAGAGAGAGAGAGAGAGAGAGAGAGAGAGAGAGAGAGACCAUGCAGGAGGCUUAUGGGGAGGGGAAAGACAUGAAAGACAUGAAAGACAUGAAAGAUGUGAGGUCAUGAAAAACUGCAUCGCUCUCUUCAUACAACCUGCUGUGCGAGUUCAAAGGUUUACUGGAGUUUAGCGAGUGGCGACCAGGGACGAGUUUUGACAGAAAGAUGGAGUGUGAGUCUUUACCGCCACUGUCCCGAUUUGCCAUUUCUGGUGGCACCCACGGAAAUGAGUGGGCCGGCGUGUAUAUUUUCAGGGAACUGCAGAAACACAAGGCAAGAGAGGCUGAUUCUGUCUCAAUAACCACCGUCCUGUCAAACCCUCGAGCCGUGGAGGCUUGCAGAAGGUACAUAGACACAGAUCUGAACCGCUGCUUCACAGAAGAUUUACUGAGUUCCCCAAUAACAGAUUCCUCAACCUACGAGAUGAGGCGAGCCCAAGAGCUGAACGCUCAGCUCGGGCCCAAAGGAAGUGAAGAGGCCAUGGAUCUGCUCUGCGAUCUCCACAACACCACUUCCAACAUGGGCCUGUGCAUCAUAUUUAACUCCACAGACUGGCUCAUCCUGCACAUUUACAAAUACUUGCAGAGCAAGAUAACCUCUGUGCCUGUGAGAGCGAUCCAAAUAGAUGAACCUUGCUCUCAGGCGUUCUCCUUAGAUUCACUUGGCAAACAUGGCUUCUCAAUUGAGAUGGGUCCUCAACCCAACGGUGUCCUCAGAGCAGACAUCUUUAACACGAUGAAAAAUGCAGUGGAUCUCACUAUAGAAUGGCUGCAGCAGUUCAACUCUGGGACAACUUUUGAAGGAGGAGAAGUAGAAACAUAUACUACAGAGAAGAAAAUGGACUACCCGAGGGAUCCUACGACCAAUGAGAUCACUGCUGCCAUCCACCCUCAGCUACAGGAUAAUGACUUCAAGCUUCUGCGACCUGGCGACCCCAUUUUCCUGUCAUUUUCUGGGGAGACGGUGAGGCACGAGGGAGAGGAACUCUACCCGUUCUUCGUCAACGAAUGUGCCUACUACGAGAAGGGGACAGCUUUCAGUUUAGGUCGCAAGAUCACUCGGACGGUCCCGUCCAUAAGCCUGAAGAAGGACUGAGAGCAGAGACAGAACGAGACAGAUACUGUAGAGAUUUUAAAUGAUGGAUUUAUUUCAAUUUAAUUUAAACACACACACCAGCUGUAUAAUGAUGUUUUUAAUUGUCUCGUUUUUAUUAUGCACUGUUCUUCACUAAAUGAUAUUACACAGGUACUAGAGUUACAAUCAUUUAUCCCCUGAAUAUUGAUUAGUUAGGAUUAUUCUCAGGACAUUUGCAAUGUGGCCUUAAUUCAAAAUCAACAUGUUGAAUAAAUGGAAACAUGGAUCAUUUUAAA